GGAAAAGGGAGGAUUAAAGAUUCUUCGGAUUCUCCUAUUUUCCGAGAAGGGGUGAAAAUAACACGAGAACUCCCCCAGAAUGUCGAAUUUCAUAAUUUCUCCCUCCCCUAUUCGUCAAUUCCAACUCAAGGUGACUGAAGGAUACAUACUCCUAAACGACAUGAACAAACAUGAUCUCCUCACAGCGAUGAAACUAGUUCUCAAUUUGAUCGAGAAAGUGGGUGAAAUGCUUCAUGGAGAGGAGUCAAGAGAACCCGCACAAACACUCCCAAGAAAUAACAAAGAAGGGACGCCAUCCCAUAAGAUAAAACCAUCCAGCACCUUGAGUUCACCAGAAGCAAACUCUUUAUUUAGAAAGCGCAAGAACCCUUUGCCUUCUAAGUACGGUCCUCUCACCUCCAUACACAUGAAAUCUCUUGGCUUUUAAAAACCGUCUAGUUCUAUUAUGUCUAAAUAUCGUAUGUUGUCGAGUAGACAAUGUCCAGGGACUUCACAGCAUGAAGAUGGGGAGGAGGAGUUGAGUCAAGAAGAUACUCAGGUACCAGAUAGUCGGAGUCAGGAGGAGGCUGGUCACGCAAAUGAGACUGACUGUGGUCAAGAAAAUCAGGAAGAUGCGAUAGAUUAUCGCACAACAGAUGAUAAAAACAGCUGUAAGAUGGAGGGGAAUAUCUCGCCACAGGCUAAUAACGAUGCUCACAAUGACAGUUACAGUGAUCAUGAGAACAAUGCCACUGAAAGUCCUAUUGAUCAUCCAUCCUCGCCUGUUAGUGUAGAAUACUCGAGUUAUCCCCAUCCAACGGAAGGCAUCAAUCUGAGUGAUCAGCCAGUGUUUCCAACCAAAGUUUAUGUGCAGACUUCUCCUGGUUCUGACUAUCACCCAUCACAGGAUCUUCGUUCAUCUGUCCCAGUCUCGUUGGUGCCUCAUUCUACUACCUCAGGUUUCACGCAUACUAUUAACUCAAUAACUGGUGCUCUGGCGAUACGUCCAACAACUUACCCUUACAGUCAAAACUCGUUCGUACCGCUAAAGAUGGAGCAGCAUGCAGUGAAUAGUGCUGGCAUGAGCUAUGAUAGUUACUAUGAGAUGCCGAAACCGCUGCCACCGAUGAAGCAUGAAUAUCAAGAAGAUGGCCGUGUGCACUAUAAAUGUGGCUUCUGCAAGAAAGUUAUCGCAUUUUCAGAACUUUUUCACAAGCAUCUUAAAUCUCAUGUGACGAAAACUGCCAAUAAAUGUGAUUUGUGUAAUAUAAAUUUUGCUUUCCGGAGUAACCUGUUCCGCCAUAUCAGGCGGUACCAUAUCGAGUAUGUCUGUGCCAUGUGUAAUGCAGUUUGCCCGAGGCCAAAACAGUUGGAGCAACACCUGCAUGUGCACCACUCUGAGGUGAAUGCGGUGGUCAGAGAGGUCAGUUUGAGGUAGCAACUCGCACACUGUUAUCAACAUGUUGCUGACAAGAUUGAAUAUUAAGAAAGCAAACUAUGUAGAUAGUGACUUGUCAUCUCAAAAUUAACUUUUGGUGUUACUUUUGAGCACAAAACCUGUAGGAAGUUUUCCUAUUUCGACAUCACAAACUACAUGUAAUAAUGAGACUUGUAAGCGUUUUACAUGAUGAUCAAACUUCAGUUUGGAGAAAAAAAAUAUUGUUAUAAGUUUUACCAUUUUAAAGUAACCUUUUGUGCUAGUAGUGAACACCUUUUGAUGUUAUUAGACCAUUUAUAUGUAAAUAAUGGUGCUUUCCUUACAUGUGUAUUGCUACCCUCUCUGGCCUCCUGUUCAUCUGUUUCAGUCCAUCUUAACCUUGAUAUCACACUGUGCUUUCACCACUUUUGGCAGCGUCUUAUGUUUAUUCACUGUAUUCAAAGCAUAUCACAUUUAGAAUUUGUAAUCGGAAUUGAAAAGCAGCUACUUACCAAUCUUAUAUUGUUUGCCAUCUCAUCUGCAUCUGACGAUGUUGGAAAGGUAAUGUAGUGGGUACAGAAAUGGGCUUUGUAACAUAUUGCCAAUACGUGUAAGGAGAAAUAAGAAAAUGUAACAUACAUUUUGAUAACUCAUGUGUACAGUGAUGACAGACUCGGAAGUGUUUGCAAUAGUUUGCCAUCACUUGGAAGGCAAUGCUAAUUGAAAUGUGCAAAAAUGUCAUUGCUAAUUCAUUAGCCUUAGAUUUGGGGAGUAAAUGCAGACAGAGGUCUACCGCUGAUACUGCUAACUGAAAGUUAGCGAGUUUGUCGGCUUUUGGUAUUGCAAACUUUUCCUGGUAAGAAAAUGAAGCAUAUCAUCAUCACAUAUGUGCUAAGCACGUUACUGCUUUCUUUACUACUUGCCUGUUCAAUACUUAAGAAAUGUUUGAUAUUUAGCCAAUGUAUGAUAAAGUUCUUGUGUAAAAAGUUACACUCUCAUCUGAAAAGAGGUUGGAGGUAUGCUGUUUAGUCCAAUAUUGUUAUCAUGGAAAUUAUGAAAUUUUCCUGAUCAGGCUCUUUGAUGUUGUUAUUAUAUUGGGUCGUUUCAUUGAAAUGGGAAUAUUAUGAUUAUUUGCAUGAUCUAGGUAACUAACUAUCUAGCAAAGCUUUUUGGUUGCAGAACUUCCACUUGAGUGGACAAGUCGUACUCAAUUUCUUUGAAAUGGCCCUAUUGUUGCCUUGGAAACUCAGUUUUGGCUUCCAACAUGAUUUGAACUUUGGUGAUAACAUUACCUCAAGAAUCCUUUCUUCAUUUUAUAGAGAAAUCCAAUGUGAUGACUGAGAUGAUAUCAGGUUUUUUUUCUGUGGCCAGUUAUUGUGUGAUCCUCGUUCUUUGACUGGCAUUUCAUUUCAGUCGACCGAACUAUAUCUUGGCUGUAAAAAUGAAUGGGCGAUCUGAAAUGAAAUGGAAAGAAGCUUUCAGCAAUUUACACAGGCAAAAUAUGCGAAUGUUGGGCCGACAGCUGUUGAUAUUGCCAGGGCGUCAUCCUGUGGAUGAUGUCCUUGACAUCUGCGUGAGUGGUGUCGGCAUUAUAUCUGUGGACCACUGUGUGAAUUUGACUCUGCAAAAUUGCAAGAAUGAUGUCUGUGGAAUGAUGUCGGCCCGACAUUUGCAUAUUUUGCAUAUUUUGAGUAGGGGUAUAGACAACACACUCAGAGUGAGAACCAUGAAACCAUGGUCCCAGAAUGUGUUCUACCCUUGGUACCGUCUUUAUUUACAAGAAGUGUGUGUAUAUAAUUUGUUACUAGCUUUGUUGAGUUUAUUAUAUAAUCUAUUUGAGCUUUGAGCAAUGGCUGAACGCAGACACCCUGUGAUAAAGUGACGACUCGAAUCUAGUUCCUAGUGUGCAAACCCUGUUAUGGUCAUAAUUGUUGGGGCGAUGGGGGACAAUACUAAUGGCUGAUUCAGGCAUUGGAUCAAGAGAAAAUGUGUUAUCUUUCUUUAAGACUUCUGAUGUGUCACCAUAUAUCAAUGUAUUUGCCUCUAUACUUGAAGUCAAAGUGUGUAAUAUUGCAUAUUUACAUACUGUCAGAAAGGAACUAUCCCACCAUGAGAUCCCACUCUGGCAGGUAUAUAAACUUUCAAAUUGUAUUGAAAGCCACGAGGCAAGUUUGAAAAGAAUCCUUUAUCAUGAUUGGUGGAUUUCAUUAUACCCGAUCUGGAAAUUCUUUUUUUAAAUGAACAUAAAGGUGUGCCUAAUGAUGGAAGUUCGAAAGUUGUUGUAAAAUGCUUGUUAUUUUUUUUAACGUUAUCAUUAACCUUUUGAUUCAUGAAAUGUCAGGUUAACAUGUUGUUUGGAAUAAGUAUUUUAUUGCUUGUUCAUGAAAUAUAGUUCUUUUAAUGGAAUCCAUACUACCAAGAUCAAGGACGAAUGUGGUAAAACCCACACAUGCACAGAUUGUGCCUAAAUCUGUCCUCUUGAAUUUGUCUAUUCUAGACAUACCACAACCAAUUUUGGGAUGAAUUAUCUCAAUAAUGUGUGUUUUGCUUUGAUGAUAUAUUUUUGAAGUUAUAUGCUACUGCUUUUAUCCUUACUGUGAUUUUGUAAUCAGGGUGCCCUGCCCAUGUGUAUAUUGUGUUGCCAAGUGAGAAAUUCUAUUAUUGAAGCUUAGGAGUGAACAUAGAAAUACUGUAGUUGAAGCAAUGUGCGAUUAGUGGUUUACCCUCUUAUCUUUGUUGCAUAUUGCAGCAAUUAUAAUCAAAUAGCACAGUGAUUUCAAUCACUUGUUCGUGCAGCGCUAAACCUGGGAAGUUGAUGGUUGAAGAAAUUGGUAGGUUUAUCAGUUUUUAACAAAACUAUAAUGAUUUUGUUGUCAUUUGAGGUUAUUGUGCCAAAAUUUGUUGUUGUUGUGAUGGUGAUUUCAGAUUGUGAUUUACAUGUUAGACUAACCAGGUGUGUAGGAGAGAUUUGAACCUGUGAUUGAUACAGGUGAUAAUGACUGCUGGGAGGUUGGCGUGGUCACUGAAACUUCCUGGCUCUCUUGCUUGUGAAACUAUUGUGAUUUAGAUGAAGUGAUAGACUGCCAUUUCUACCUCUGGGAAACGCAUUGCUUGAUGGUAGCUGUAUGUGUGGCCCUAAAAUCACAUAGUGUACGGUGAUGUGUUUGAAAUGAGUGAUAAGAGCCCUGAUCUUCUCAGGAUUAUGAGAUGUGAUAUGAUACUUAAUCAGAUCGGUGGAUUGAUCAUUCGGUUUGACAGGUGCUUCAUCUGGGGUCACAUGCUACAUUGUCUUCGACCCAGUUACGCAAAGGUACAGAUUUUGUUAUUAGAUAGUUGAUUUUGUGUAUUAGAAUUGGCAUUGACUUUUAGAUCGUUUCAUGUUGACCAUUGGUAUAACUACGAAAGUGCUUAGUGUAAAUGUGUCAUAGUAACUUGCCACUCACAAGACAAACCUCAGAUAUUAAGAACUGUCUCUUCAGGGCUGCCAGCAUAUUAGUAUUUUGAAAGCAUUUUGUCCUGAAAUGUGUAGAAAUUCGUAGGAUAGUGCUGAAAGCCACUGAAAUUUGUCUUUUCUGAUUCAUUAGGAAUACUGAUACCGUCUUCACGUACUUGAGUGAAAGAUGUGUUCACAUGAACAUGGUUUUCCCAGGGUUGAAACGCGUUUGAAUCAUGGCUUUAGCUUUAUUCUGUUUCAAGAUAUCAAAGUUGGUUUGUUGAUGCCACAUAAUGAAUAAUAUUCUUCAUUUUAUUCACAUGCAUUUCGUUUUGUUCUUGUUCGUUUAGUUUGUAGAGUUGAUGUAUUAUAUAUAGCCAGUGUUGUAUUAAGUAACAAGUUGUUUCAAAGUUAUAUUAACAACAAUCUUUGUGAUUGAAAUUAUUGUUUUAUGUGUAUAAAUUAUAAUCGCUUUUGAAUAUACUCUCAUUUUCAAAACCUAAAUUAAUAGAUCACCUCAUAAAAGGGAUUACUCUCAGCCUGCUCCAUACCUUCGAUUUUGUGCCAUCAGUAUAUUUCUUCUUCAGUAUAUGGUGUAAGUAUCUGUUGAAUACAAUAUGUGACCCGUCACAGCAAAACCAGGUGCAUGUCGCACAGAAGAUGAGCCUAAAUGACACCAGGAGCUAAAUUUUAAAAAAGGCAGACAACAGUGAAAUGAACAACCAGUCUGUCUCAUCCUGCCAAGCCCAGAGAAACACGCACCUUGGCUUUGCUGUAGCAGGUCACAUAUAUACUCCUUUUCUGUCUUUUUAGCCCAGUGCUGACUGUAGACUGAUAUUUCGAUAGAAGUUUUCAGAACACUGAUAUCGUACUGGCAUUUUGGAUUGUUUCCCUGUGUGUUUGUUUGGAUUUAAACUUGCCACUGGUUGGAUGUACUAAGUGUGAUAUAUAGUUUAAGUUCAGCAGGAAAAGGUGCUACCAUCUUAAAAUGAUAUGAAUAGGUCAUGUCUGAAAAUCUGAAAUGUGGUGUAAAAAAUCUUCAGGAAGUUUAUGAUGAGAUAUUUGGAUAUCUUCUGGUUCGAAUAUGAAUUGCUUAUCAAAUAUAGCAAACUGGAUAUACUCUUAUACUAGACUAAUGUCAUCUUAGGACAGGUGUAGAAAUUGAGACCUAGUCUCACCUAGCAAUGCCUAGUUUCAAGUUUUGGAGUCAACAUUUUAUAAAUUUUAUCACAGACUUUUCUCAUUUUUUAUGCUUCCUCUACCAAAUGUGAUUGAAGGAGUUGGUGUAAUGUUUAUCUGGUUGAGGUUGAUGAUGUUUUUUAUCUUGUAGUGACACAUUUUGUCAGUAUAUGCUUCAUGCAAAUCUAUCAAAGUUAGCAUUAGUUUGUGGGACUGCAGUAUGUUUGAUACAUGCUGUAGAAAACCUGUAAAUGGGUAUCAUCCUGUGAUGCCUUUUGAGUUGCUCCCGUUGGCUUCCUGGAAACAGUCGGUCAAAACAUGUAAUGUAUUGGCUUGCUUAUGUGUGCAGGAAACAGACAUAUGGUAGCAAAAAGUAGACUCAUUGGGUUGCUCUCAAAGGUGAUUUUCUGAUGGUACCAUGCUGUAUAAAAUGUGUCGCUUCAUGAUAAGAAAUGUUAUCAGUGGCUCCAUAGGUUGGUCACCAGUUGUUGAAAUUGAUAAACCUCUAUUUUUAUAUCAGUUGCAUGCUUAUAUGUACACUCUAAUGUAUAAAGGCAAAUUGGAAAUACUUAUAAAUGAUUAUUAUAUAAACACAUUUGUUGAAUCAGGGUAUGUUUGUGUUGUCAAAAGCUGCAUUUCUAUACAAUAAA